AUGGGUUCUGGAGCCAGUAUUCAAUGCUCAGUAUGUACAAGUUCAUCAUAUGGACGAUGUGAUCAUUGUAGACGACGUUUUUGCUCGUCACAUUUUCGUGGUCAUAAUUGUAGUGGUGUUAGCGGCUAUGGAACAACAACUGUUUUCUUGAAACCUGGAUGUAGUUCGUGUAGUAGUGAUGCUGUUGGCACUUGUGGGGGAUGUAAAAAAAAAGUUUGUUCAUCAUGCUUUUACUCGAAUCAUCAGGAACAGUGUGGUACUACAUAUUAUCGAUAG